CAAAAUAUUAUUUCAAUCAUUCACGUCGUAAUAUUUAGGAAAAUAUGCAGCUAUGUGCAAUAAGAGCGUGUGUUUCAAAUAAAAGUGCAAUUUACACAUGAAACAGGAAUGCGAUUCACUUAUUCCGUUUUUCAAGACAUGAAACCAGAAGACAGUACUGGAGAGUUGCACUGGGCCUUGAAAACAAUUUACACUUCUAUUGUAAUUUACACUCCAGACUUCAGUAUAAUGAGAGAAAUCGACUUUCACCGUAAAAUUGAAAAAAGAUGCCAUCCCGAGCCAAUACUGUGCCAAACCUGUCAUCAGUACUGGGAAUUUUUGAAGCAAAAUGGAAGGCAAAUGGGAUCAAAAUCAUCAAACAAGAAUGCCAGUUCAGGAUUUGCAGAAGAAAUGAAAGCGUCUUGUAGUUCAAGAAUAAAACAAAAUUCUAGUUCCGACAGCUUUACGUGAAUCAAUUCUAGAUUCAGCUACUAGAUACUCUUGAGGAGAUUGUUGAAGAGAAAAUGUGGAAGAAAAUCAGCCAAAAUGAGAGGCCAACUGCGGAUAAUUAUCAGUGUAAAAUUAACAUGGACGCUUAUAAGAAGGCGGAGAUUAUGGAAGGUGGAGUGGAACUUGUUGAAGAUGGAAAUUUCCAAGUUAAAUCUACUUCGGAAAGAGAUAAGUACUAUACUGUUUCAUCAAAUGAAAUAUGUGAUGAAGAUUGUCGAACAGGUUAUUGUAAUGAAUGCAAGUUAUGUUUACAUCGAUGCAGGUGCAACUGUUCUAGUAACAGUGCUGAAACUGUUUUAUGUAAACAUAUUCAUGCAAAGGCUAUGUUCAGGCAGAGGAGCGAUUCUGUUUCAGGUGGGGUGCAUAUAAAAGGUGAUAAUAGUUUAAUUAUCAGUGAACUAGCAACGUACAGUACAAAAAUGAUGUACAACACUUCAUCCAGAAGACAUCCAGUACCAGUACAGAAGAUCCUCAUGCAUCAUCCAAUUCAAGUAGACGAGAAAUCAUUAUGGCAGAACUUAAGCAUUAUGCUGAACUCCUAGAUAUCGAGCAACUGGAACAUUUCAAGUCAGUUGCAGAAUCAUUGGCAUGUAGAAAAGAUGAAACGAGUAGAAAAAGAAAACAAACCUACUAUCCAAUAAAAAAAAAUAGAAUUGGUAGGUGGUAAUAAAAACAGAGCGGAAUA